GAGUGGUACUUCCCACCAGGAAGGGGAUGGAGACAUUUAUUUUCCUUAGUAAAUCAGAAGGAUGCUGAUUAAAACACCCAGGAUGGCGUGAUUGUGGAAGCAGCGAGUGGAGCAGGAGGAAAGAAGUCCAAAAGGAUCCAAAGUCAUGACAUAUUAAUGCCUGGAAAUGUCUGGAGCUGCCGGCACGGGAAGGAGGAUGAAUAAUUCAGACCAGACAGGAUUUCCCUGGCAAGGUCGAGCCUUGUGAAAGGGGAGGCUUUGGAGAGAGCAGCAUCCUGUUCUCCUGGUGUUGUGCAGAGAGAUCCAUCCAGAGGGAUAAGGUGACUUCCAGCCCUGGCCAGCCCUUCGGAAGAGGAUUAUUUUGGAUCCGUCGGCACCGCGGCUGCUCCGGCGGGACACGGCACCGCCGGGAGGGUUCAGCUGGAAUCUCUGAUGCCAAAUGAAUUCCAAGUCUGCUUUUCAGCUCCGCUGGUGAAUCCCAGAGGGAUGGGCAGCCGUGAGCAGGGCAAGGAGGGAGCGCAGCCGUAGGCACAGAGCUCCCGAUCCCAACAAUUCCCCGGGAUUGCUCACAAAAUGCCUUGAACGUGGAGCCCGGGCUGGAAGAUGAAUGAUUCCCGGGAGGAUGGCAUGGAUUUAGGCAGCGACGCCGGCAGCAGCCGCUCCAGCUCGGAAUCCAACUCCAGCAAAGCCACGCCGUGCUCGGAGGGCAAGUCCUCGCCGUGCCCCAGCAGCCUGGACCUGGCGGCGCUGGAGGACUCGGAGGAGGACUCGGAGGAGGAGGACGGGGGGUCCCCGCCGUGCCCGCCGCGCUGCCCCGCCGCCCAUGGGCGCGGGUGCGGGUCCGUGCCCGCCGGUGCCCCCCGGCGCUCGGCCCGCCCGCACCCCCCGCCCCGCACCGAGCGGGGGGCGGCCGCGGGGCCGGCCGGGCGGAGGGGCGGCGGGGCGAGGCCCCCCCGGGAGCCGCAGCCCCCCGCGAUGGACUGGGCAGCCCUGGAGAGGCACCUGGCGGGGCUGCAGUGCCGGGAGCAGGAGAGAAACCCCCGCGCCAACCCCGCCUCGGCCCAGAAGAAUGAGCGGGAGUCCAUCAGGCAGAAGUUGGCCCUGGGCAGUUUCUUCGACGAUGGCCCAGGACUCUACACCAGCUGCAGCAAGAGCGGCAAGCCCAGCCUGUCAUCCCGAUUACAAAGUGGGAUGAACCUGCAGAUCUGCUUUGUGAACGACAGCGGCAGCGACAAGGACAGCGAUGCCGACGACAGCAAGACAGAGACCAGCCUGGACACGCCGUUGUCACCCAUGAGCAAGCAGAGCUCGUCCUACUCCGACAGAGACACGACAGAGGAGGAGUCAGAGUCCCUGGACGACAUGGACUUCCUCACCAGGCAAAAGAAACUCCAAGCUGAAGCCAAGAUGGCCUUGGCUAUGGCAAAGCCCAUGGCCAAAAUGCAGGUGGAGGUGGAAAAGCAGAACAGGAAGAAAUCGCCGGUAGCGGAUCUUCUGCCACAUAUGCCUCAUAUAAGUGAAUGCCUGAUGAAGAGAAGUUUGAAACCCACUGAUCUAAGAGACAUGACUAUCGGGCAGCUACAAGUGAUAGUCAAUGAUCUGCACUCACAGAUAGAAAGCUUGAACGAGGAGCUGGUGCAGCUGCUGCUGAUCCGGGACGAGCUGCACACGGAGCAGGAUGCCAUGCUGGUGGACAUCGAGGAUCUCACCAGGCACGCUGAGAGCCAGCAGAAGCACAUGGCAGAGAAGAUGCCGGCCAAGUGAAGCCGGGAACGCCGGGAGCAGAGCUGGAGAGAGCCCUCAUCCUGCUGCUGUCCGUGUCCCAGGAAUCCAGUGUUACUCCAUGACCAUGUCUGAAGCUUUAUGUCGGUGAUUGGCCUCUGCUUCUUAAUUUAUUUUAAUUUUUUUACUCGUGCCACUAAAUAUCAGGCAUUUUAAUAAUAUUAUUACAAAAAAAACCUGUACAGUACUUAUAACAUUAUAAAACCAUGGGCGAGAAGAGAGGGUAGUUUAACUUUAUUUUUGUUUGUUUAGAGAUUUUUUUUUGGUUGAAUGAUAUUUUUUCCCAUUGACUACUUUUUUAUU